GGCCAGGCCCAGGGAGGGGUGGGAGUAAAGGGGGCUGCCGCAGUUGUGUUAGGCCAUAAAUCAGGCUGACCCCUUGGCUCAGGGCAGGAUGCCUGCAAAUUUGGCUUCUGUACCAGCAGAUCUGAGCAGAAGUGACAACUACACGGAUCUGCUAGUGCCUGGAAUCCCCUCCAUGACCAAGGCCUGGGGACUAUGGGCCCUCUUAGGGGCUGUGACGCUGUUGCUUCUCAUCUCACUGGCUGUGCACUUAUUCCAAUGGACUAGUGGCUGGAGCAGGAACCAUCCGGGACAGGGACGGCCUGGAGAGUCUGCGGAAGAGGUCCCUCUGUACGGGAACCUGCAUUAUCUACAGACAGGACGACUGUCUCAAGAACCGGGGCCAGACCAACAGAAUCCAACACCUGGAGGCCCUGCCAGGGCUGCAGAGGAGGUGAUGUGCUAUACCAGCCUGCAGCUGCGGCCUCCUCAGGGCCGGAUCCCCAGCCCUGGAAGCCCCAUCAAGUACUCGGAGGUGGUGCUGGACUCUGAGCCAAAGCCCCAGGCCUCGAGCCCCGAGCCGGAGCUCUACGCCUCAGUGUGUGCCCAGACCCGCAGAGCCCGGGCUUCCUUUCCAGACCAGGCCUACGCCAACAGCCAGCCUGCACCCAGCUGAGACAGAGGGCCUGGCACAGUGGGGCAUACAACUCCCCCGCCUCCUCUGUUGCCAGGGUUACUGCUACCCUGUCUGGGGCAUGACUGUUUCCCAACCACCCCCUAAAGACAGGCAGCCAUUGCUCAGUCACAGGAGUUAUGCUCCCCGAACUUCCUAUCUGAGCUGUGAGGGAGACAUCAGAGGAAUGGCAGGCCCCCCGUUUCUUGAGGGUGGAGGAAGCAAAGGCAGUGGCUCCCUCUCCACCGGUUUUUUCCCUCUAUCUAUUCCUCUCAAUCCCCAAACUCCCAGGUCCUCACUCCUCCUUCCGGAGCUUAACCAUAUCCUCCCCACUCUGGCUGCCUCUUAGUCUACCCCUGACACCACAGUGUCUCCUCAGACACAAGAAGUGGGGGGGGGGGGGGGAGGGGGUAAGAGUCUGAGAGGACACAGGUGGGCAUCCUCCUCAGGAGCCCACAGGCUGGAGGGGUCCUGGAGCUCAGUGACCUGAGAAACCCAAGCCUGGUCUCUGACUUGAGAACCCUGGCAGAAUACCAGUCUCCAUCCUGCCAUCUCUGUUAUGUGCCCAAGUUUUAAAAUAAAACUUCUGAAAAAGGG